AUGAUAUAUCACAAAUCUGUGAAAGCAUUCAACGAUCAGGCCUCCAAAAUCCAAUUGGUCAUUGAUGAGCUACCAAUCACUAUUUACACUAACCAAAGAGAGGUAGUGAAAUUCUUCACACAACGGGAGAAAUACCAUUCAAGUGCAAAUGAAAUUUUGAAGGAUGCAGCACAACGUAUUGCGAAGAAAUAG